CUACCGCCACUGCUUCUCGGAGAUCUCGGUAGUCGGUACAUACGUAGGCUGUUAUCGGCAGGUGAAUUGUGAAAAGAAAAUACAUUGUGGGACGUAAGUCUACGUUCUCUGUCAAGACGGGCCCGAAGAACUUCGUUAGUUGUUGAUAUUUCAUGCAAAGUAUGGUGUACCUGAACUUUCCGUCGAACUUAACCGAGGAAGAGUUGAUGCUGCAGGCUAAGUUCAGCAAGCUCAAGCGAAAGAAAAAAGCUCUGCAGGACCUAAAGUCCCCUAAACAAGAAACGGAGCGCAUUCCGCAGGCGCCGAAACGGCCUACGGAGGCGAGAGACGCCCGCGAGGUGGCCAAGAAAUUGAUCAAGUCUGGCGUGAUCACAGCACCGAAGAUGCCCAAGCGACCGGAGCAGACCUUCAAGAGAUCCCGUGGACUAGAGAGGAAAUUGAACAGUACGGAAAAGACUAUCAGCUCCUACCAACCGUUCUCGGCGACUCAGGAGGAAGAAGAGACGGAGGCGGCGAGGCCGAGAGUGAAGGAUUUGUAUAAUAGCUUCGUUGGUGCGCAAGAUACCGGGGAGAGAAACGCCAGUGACACUCAGUCUACCACUAAGCAGGAGGCUAAGCCACGCGCGGGGAAUACGAUAUUCGUAUGCGGCUAUAAAAUAACGGAGGAUUACUUAAAGAAGCAUUUCCAGAGUUUCGGAAAUAUCCUCAAUAUUUCCAUGGAAGUGGACAAAAACCACGGCUUCAUAACCUUUGAGAAAGCUGAAGCAGCUGAGAGAGCCAUAAGCGAAAUGGACGGUAGUAUGGUCUCGUCCAUCCAGCUCAAGGUAUCGUUAGCGAGGAGGCAGCCGAUAAUAGAGCCGGUCAGCGAUACCAUGUCUAGCUCCAUGUGGUCGCCGAUAGCAGCCAACUAUUCGCAGAAAAGCGGGUAUAAGGACAGGCGGGAGCUCAAGGUGUACGACGAGGAUUUCUUCUAGUGAAUGCAGGUACUUUCGUUGGCCACACUCUCCAUAAUGUCAAAUUGUAAUAAAAUAUUCAUGCAUACGCAUCGUAUUGUAUUACGUCAUAUCUAUUCAUUUGGAACGUCUCUGUGUUAAUUUAUUUUCAAUAUCGUGCUCUUCCGCCUCUUAUCUGUUAAUAAAUUAUCAAUUAUAUCUGUCAGUAAACUUAAAUAUUAAACAUUUAUGAAUUUUCGAGCUAAUAACUGAUUUAUUUAUUAUUGUUAUAAUAACAAAAUUCAUAAUAGUAUAGAAAUAUUCGUCUACACGUAAGAAAAAAUAUCAUGUAGUUGAACCUUGUUCAUCCGCUAAAUCUUAGUUUUUUUUGUUCCGUUACUGGUCGAGUUUGUUAGUGGGAUUAUGAAAAUGCCCUUUUUGCUACUUUAUGAAGUGGUAAUUGAUAUGAUAUCCGUGUCAGAUUAGACUUAUAGACUAUCUUUCUUUUUUAAUUAGUUGGAAGACAUCGUAACAUCCGUUUCACUUGUCAAUUUUGCAGCCGUUUUUAAUUGCUGCUUUUUCAAGAGUUAUAAAGUUACAGUAAGAAAAAAACGAAUAAAAUUAAUUAUUAACGAUCGAAAAUAUCUACUAAAACCGAGACUAAAACUUUCGGUGCACAUUACUUUCUACGCAAAAGGAACUGUAUUUAGGACAAGUUAAGAAUAGAGAUUGUCCCCUCGGCAACAAAUUAGGGAAAGCUAAGGUUUGAUUACAUAAUAUUUUUUCUUAAAUGUAUAUAAGUUAUUGACUGAUGUAUGUAAAUAUAGCACAUAAAAU